GCUUAACUCAUGGCCUCAACAUCAGACGACAGUCUCCUAUCAAAAUUGGACAGCAUCGGCGCUCCCCUCAAGUCAUUCGACGCAUUUCCCAAAGUACCCUCCACGUAUCGCACCCGCUCAUCUGGAGGGGGGUUCAUUACGCUCGGCAUCGCCUUACUGUGUCUCCUCCUUGUGCUUAACGACUGGGCUGAAUAUGUCUGGGGUACGACUACUUGGAGGUUCGUGGUGGAUGACAAGAUCGAGAAAGAGAUGAUGCUUAAUGUGGAUAUUACCGUUGCGAUGCCGUGUCACUACAUAUCUGUUGACCUAAGGGACGCGGUCGGUGACCGCCUGCACCUCUCAGACCAGUUCAAGCGCGACGGCACCCUCUUCGAUGCCCGACAGGCUACGCACAUUCGUGAACAGUACACAGACUACAGCGCCCAGCAGAUGGUGCGCGAGGCGAAGACACGCCGCGGCAGGAUUGGAAUCUUUGAUUGGCUUCGGCGUAGGCAGCCGAGUGCGUUCCAGCCGACGUUCAACCAUGUUAAGGAUGGGAGCGCAUGCAGGGUUUAUGGGAGCAUGGAGGUGAAGAAGGUGCAAGCAAACUUGCAUAUUACUACCCUCGGGCAUGGAUAUCACAGUAACGAACACACCGACCAUUCGCUCAUGAAUCUCAGCCAUAUAAUUACCGAGUUCUCUUUCGGCCCAUACUUCCCAGACAUCGUCCAGCCACUAGACUACACCAUCGAGAGCUCUGAUGAUCCAUUCACUGCGUUCCAGUACUUCCUCACUGUCGUCCCGACCGAAUAUCGCACCUCCAAAGGCGUCGUCAAGACAAACCAAUACUCUGUCGGCUCGCACAUGCAGCAUAUACAGCACGGCCGUGGCACACCUGUCAUCUUCUUCAAGUACGACCUUGAGCCACUCUCGCUCAUCGUCGAGCAGCGCACGACUACGCUGAUACAGUUCCUCAUCCGCCUCGUUGGUGUUGUAGGCGGCGUGUGGGUCUGUGCGGGCUGGGCAGUCAAAGUGGGCAAUAAGGGCCUGGAAGUCGCAGGCGUCGUAAAGAAAGAAGACGACAUGCCGAUAGCAGAGACGACAGCAACAUCCCACAGGCGCGCAGCGAGCGGUCUCUUCUCGGGCGAAGCGAUGACCCGCCGUCGACACCAAUCCGUGGCGAGCAUCUCCUCCCUCGCGGGGAUGGUCACUGGUGCAGGCAGCUCGCCACUACCCACAAGCAGCUUCACACCAGGGCACACGCCCACGCCUGGAUCUAGCUUCAUGUCAGGCCAUGCACCGACACCUUCCUCCUCCGGCUUCCCCACCCCCCGGUCGUACGUAGCCGGUCGGACGCCUUCCACCGCAGGCGGCCAAUAUGCGUACCAGAACCAGCUGCCGACUCCCCCGCCUAUCGGUACACCGCCCGCUCAGUGGGGACAUGGGCAUACGAGGAGCCAGAAUAUGGCCCGUGUUCAGAUGGCUAGAGCGGGGGCUGGGCUACGGCCUGGAAGUCCGGCAACUCCGGGGCACGCGAGAGUGCAGAGUAUGGGCGGGAAACAGGAGUUCCAGAAGGACGAGUAG